UCUCUUACCCAUGGUAACAUGGGCAUUUGCUAUGGUUCAUAGGUCCAAAUCUUUUUUGUGUUGUUUUAAAGUUUCAUUACAAUCUUUAAAAUUAUCAAAAAGAUUCAUAAUUAAGUAAACUUAAUUUAUUUAUUACAAGAUAAAAUAAUAAAAAAUCUGUACAUUCACCAUUAGUUUUGAGAUAUUUUUUCUAUUUGUUUUAGGUAGUGUUUUGAAAACUAGAGCAGACGUUGAUUCAACAUUAUAACUAGAUCAAUGGUCGGACCGGUCCAACUGGUUCAACUAGGUUUUAAAUUUUAACUAAAUUUUAUAUUAAGUAACUAUUAUAUAUAUAACAUAAAAUUAUCUUUAUAAAAUUUUAUAUAAUUAUUAGAAUCUAAAAAUGAUACGAAAACAAAAAUAUUUUUUAAAAAAUAAUAUAAAAUAAGAAAAAUAAUUUAUUUAGAUAUAUACUUAGAAAACAAUAUGAUUUUUUAUGAAAUAUUUUUAUAAUUUGCAGUUUAAAAAAAAUACUUGAAUUUGAAAAAAUAGGAUUUUCAUAUCAAUCUUGAUCACUGAUUUUAGCGAGUUUUACUAGUUUUUGAUCGGGUUUACCAAUUUAACUCAAAUCCGGUUUUUAGUAUAAUCCGAAAUCGAGUCACGGUCCGAUCGGCCGAUCUGGUCCAGCGGCCAGUCCGGUCCAGUUUUCAAAACAUUGAUUUCAGGUCUUAGAGUUCAAGUUAAAAGAUAUGCAGUGAAAAAAAUAUAGAGAAUAUUUAUAAAAGAGUCUAUAUUCUGUGUUUCGCCGAGGGUUAUUAUAUGGGUUGAGACGGCACUGUAUCUAAACUAAAAAACUAGUACUUUUUUAUUUUUUUUAUUUUACCUUUAUUUAAUAGAGUAGUUUGUUUGAUUUUGUUAACUAAUAAAUAAAAAAAUUGAGACUAAGGCGAUCCCUUAAUAUGAAAUGGAGACUAGAGUAAGAAGAUGUGCUGACAACAAGAAAGAAAUUAAAGCUGCUUCGCUCGUUUUCUUAUUUUUAUUUCCUAAAAUGGACAAAUAACAUUUCCUUACUAAAUAUGAAAAGUUGUGAAAAGUGUAUCUAACUAGAGCCCGUUAGACCAUGACCAAUUUUGAACAAGAGGGAGGGGUUAACAUAAGUUAUCUUGUCCUGACCCAAUCUGCUAAUUAAACAUACUUAAAUUCCUAAAACAAUUUUAGGGAGUCCAUUAGGCCCGCACAAAUUUUAAGCAGGAGAGAGGGAAAUAGAAAGCUACCUAAACAAACAAACAAACAAAACUAAUUGAACUUUGUGACAAAACAAAACCGAAGUGAUGAUACAAUAGUUUCACAUUACGCUAUUUUGAAUGUCCCACUACGUAAGAAUAGUUUAUUUUAAAAGGCUACUUCAGGCUGCCGUUGCUGUAUACGUAAAAGAUGCGUAUCGAAAACUUCCUAAACUUGGUGAACACGACGGUAUAAGCUGGUGAGUGGUGACGCUAAGGGUGGACAUUACAAGAAUGUAAACUGGAACUUAGUAAAGUUUAAAAUUAGAUUACUCAAGUGGCGGGAAUUUAAUAAGGCCCUUAAUAGAAAAAAGAAUCUCAACAAUGACUUUUGUCCUAAAAAGACUCUAAAUUAGGAGAUGGCUUUGGAUAAAGAGACGACUCCUCAGGAUUCUUUCAAUAAAUGAAGCUAAGAAAAGUGUCCACUCAAUUCAAAUAGAGAAAAUCAAAAGCAUACCAUUUAUAGGAUUAGAGUCUAAUUAAUAUUUUAACAAGAAAACUAAUACUCCUACUAAUAUAUUCAUUGGUCAACGGAAAACAAUUAAAUUAGUAAUCAAAUUCAAAACACAAAGACAAAACCUUUUAUUUCGGGUGUCUCGAGACGAAAAUUAAAAGUUCAAAAAUCCCUUCUAUUUGUUUCCUAUAAUCCUCUGUCUUUCAAUUUCUUAGGGUUUUGAGAAAAAAAAAACGUUAAAAGUGAUUUUAAUGGUGGUAGACAAAAGCAGCGAAGCUUCUCCUUUGUGCUGUGCUCUUCCAAUGUACAGCCCAAAAUAUUCAAGUUAUGUCACUGAAGAAGAUUCAAACGACCUGAACCAUACUCCAAAACACAAAAGAACCAAUGCUUUGCUCACUAAUUCUGAUUCAGUUCACGAUCUGAGAUGUCAAGAGGUAGAGAAAGAGAAGCAAGAUACUAACUCACCGAGAGGAGCCCUAGAAGCCUGCUUAACACGAUGCUCAAUCUCCUCCACCUCUUCCUCCUUAGACGACCCUCCUUCAAAUAGAGAAGCUGUUGAAAACGCAGACGCAGAAGCACGCAUCAAGAACCACAGAGCAUCUUCUAAUUGGGGAAAGUUCUUCAAACAUUGGAAACGCAAGUCCAUGAAACGCCUCUCUUCCUUUCCUCCAUUAGCACAUAGACGCAAUAAAAACGCAGAUACACACGUAGACGGUCUAAACGUUCACGACAUCUACGACUUUCAAUCAUCUCUACACAGCUUCUCAAUCACUGACCUAGAAAUCGCAACUGAUAACUUCAGCCCCGAAAAUAUAAUCGGAAGAGGCGGUUACGCAGAGGUUUACCAAGGGAUUCUACCAGAAGGGAAGCUAAUCGCUGUGAAACGUCUCAUAAAAGGCACACCAGACGAGAAGACAGCUGAGUUUUUGUCCGAACUUGGGAUUAUAGCUCAUGUUGAUCACCCUAACACGGCCAAGUUCAUUGGUUGUUGCAUCGACGGUGGAAUGCAUCUCGUUUUCUGGCUAUCUCCUCUUGGAAGCCUAGGCUCUCUCCUACAUGGACCUUCAAAAGAUAAGCUGACUUGGAACAGACGUUACAAGGUAGCGUUAGGAACAGCAGAUGGACUAAUGUAUCUACACGAGGGUUGUCAAAGACGUAUCAUCCAUCGAGACAUCAAAGCUGACAACAUCCUCCUCACUGAGGAUUUUCAACCGCAGAUAUGCGAUUUCGGAUUAGCCAAAUGGCUUCCUAAGCAGUUGACGCACCACAACGUAUCCAAAUUCGAAGGAACAUUUGGGUACUUUGCGCCGGAAUAUUUCAUGCACGGAAUUGUCGAUGAGAAGACCGAUGUUUUCGCCUUUGGAGUUCUUCUAUUGGAGCUUAUAACCGGCCAUCCUGCUCUUGACGAUUCUCAGCAGAGCCUUGUCUUAUGGGCGAAGCCGUUACUAGAAAAGAAAGAGAUAACGCAAUUGGUGGAUUCGUCUCUUGGAGAUGAGUAUAACGUAGAAGAGCUUAGCCGGUUAACUUCCACAGCUUCUUUAUGCAUAGAGCAGUCUUCUCUUCUACGACCCCGGAUGAGCCAGGUUGUGGAAUUAUUAUUAGGUCAAGGAGGUGUUGAUAUGACUCUAAGAGAAGACAAGAGAAAUAUGAUGCAACGUACGUAUUCUGAAGAUUUAUUAGAUAGUAUAGAAUAUAACUCAACUAAGUACUUGGGAGAUCUUGAUCACAUUCGAGAGGUUGCUUUAGCUUCUUGAAACUAAACAAAAAAAUAUCAUGUGAAAAAACUAUUUUGGUUUUUGUUCUUUGGAGAAUGUAAAUAUGAAACUCAAGUCUAGAUAUAGUAACCGUUUCACUCAUUUUAACUUCGA